AUCCCCAUAGCGCCAAAUCUGAGAAUUGAGAAAUCAGUCUGAUUCCAGGGGAAGUGUGGAACCCCCAGCCUCGUCUCUCUGCUCCUUCGUCGUCGGCACUCGGCAGUCGCUCACCCUCGCCCUCACUUCGUCUCUCCAUCGUCUCUCCCCUCAUCUCGUCACUUCGUCGCCUCUCCACUCACCUUGUCACUAUCGGUCUCUCUCGGUCACGGCCUCACGCCCUCACCCCGUCGCUCUAUCAGUCUCUCACCUCGUCGUCGUCGCGGUCCCGUGCUCCUGCCCUGUGUUCACUUCGUCGGUGGCAGAAAGCUCACAGAAGACAGAAAUCAAGCAGCAUCUCUGGCUCUGAAUCUGCUCCCUCGGGUUAGUCGGGUGGUGGUGGUCGUCUUCUUGGUCGCGGUCUAGGAACCAGUUAUCCAGAUGGAGGGUAAAUUUGCUGAAGAACUUUAUGCUGAAAGCUUAGAACUUUCAAAAUCAGAACUAAAAUCAACUAGUGCUCAUGAUCAAGAAAAUAAGUUACAUGAAUGUGAUGAUGAUGAUUUUUGGGGUGAUUCUGAUGACAAGUUGGAUAAAUCAUUAGAUUUGGACAGAGAGUGGCAAAGGAGGCAUGAUGAAUUCCACACGAUCGGGUAUCGGGAAGGUCUUAUAGCAGGAAAGGAAGCUUCAUCUCAGGAGGGGUUCAAUAUUGGUUUUAAACAAUCAGUCCUUGCUGGUUAUAGCUGGGGUGCUGUAAGAGGUGUUACGAGUGCAUUUGCGCAUCUUCCAGAUGAGUUAGAAGAGAAGCUGGUUGAAAAGCUAGAAAAACGUAAUGAACUCCAUGGGAUGCAUGAAUCUGUGCAUUCUGUGUCAACAGCAGAUGCCCUUAGAUUCUUUCAUGAAGACAUCAAAGCAAAAGAAGCUUUAGAACAGAGCAAAGAUGUGAAGGUUAGCCCCUGGCAAACUUCACAUGUUUCUCAUUUGAGAAAUUAUCACCAACAACUUGAAUCUCUGAUUCAUGAUACACCUACCAUGGACAUUCAUUUACCUGAGCCAAAAUAGGUGUUCUACCUGGUGUUUAAAGCUGUUUAGCUUAGAUGAUAUGAGGUUAUUUUGAUAUCUUCCAUGUGCAUGAUUGUAAAAUUUAUUAUAUGUUUCGCAUAAAAUAAAUACAGGCAAUUUAGUUCCCAAA